AUGCCGGAGGCCAACAUGUCCAAUGCCAAGACCGCAGCCUACACCAUGAUCCUGCUGUUCAAGACUGUGUUCGGAAGUGAGGCAGACCUCAAGCUGUUGAAGACAUUGUGUUCAGUGCAGUGCCAGGGCUUGUCCAUUUGCACGGUUGGGCAUGCCGCGUUGAAGCGGCUGGCUGAGUCGGGCGCAGAUGCAAAGGCAAUUCUAGCCAAGGAUGUAGAGCUGAAUGCAAUGCAGAAUGUGCAGCAGCAGAAGAAGAAGAAGCGGGCUGCCUACCUCAAGGAUUUGGAGGAUGCGAGAGCCGCAGUCCUUGGUGCCCAGGAGCUGAUGAUGUCAAUCUUUGGCAAAAAUGAGGAGUUCCUGGGGAACUUGCAAGAUUUGGUGGACUUGGACAUUGCUGAGAUUUUUCUCGCGCACAAGUGUGAAGGCGUUGGAUACGAGGAUGUGUUCAACGAGUGUGUCAAAGUGCACAGCACGAACCUGUGCCUCCAACUUCAAGCUUGCGGAGACGCCGCGGUUCAGGCGUGCCAGGGCUGCCAGGAGGGUGGAGGUAAGUAUUGGCGGGCGCAGGCUCCUCCCACGGCCAGUGUCCAGGACCUGAACGAACUCAUGAGCAAGACCAUCGUUGACCUCAGCCUCAAGGACCUGAAAAAGUCCACUGACGAGUUCAUUGAGGUCACGAAGCAGGCCACCGAGUUCAUCUCAACGUUCGAGGUUUCGGAUGCCAAGUUGAUGCUGACAAUUCCUGAUGUGAUCGAGG